AUGACGGGCGGGGAUGCGUCAGUCCACGUGCAGAAGCCGCGGUCCCUCGCGUGUUUUAAACCCGUUUUGUUGGAAGUCGCGGGUUCUCUCGACGAUUCCGCCUGCGAGGCGAUCACCCGCCGCCUGCGACAAUUUCACAAUCGCUACGCCCUCAUCAUGCGAUUUAUGGCCACACUGAUGGUUCCAGCAGUAGAGGAGUCAAGACUGUUUGUGCACACAGAUGAGAAGGACAAUAGCAACGGUGUCUUGGGAAAAGAAACAGAAGAAGAUGAUGGCAGUAAAAUUGAGAAGGAGAGAAGUAUGAAGAAAGUAAGAUUAGAACCACUUAUUACUGCCCCACGUGCUGCGGUUGUAGCGGAAAAACGAAUACCCAUUGUACAUCGUCUACAUGAGAAAAAUGGAAAGUCAGCUCUUGAGAAACUGGAGUUCUUCAUGGCCUAUCAUUUCCUUCCAUUAGCCCUUCUGCAUAAUAUUCAAUCCGAUCCAUCACCCGAUAACGUCCCUUUUCUGCUUCGCCAUUAUAUACAUGAGGCAACACGUACAGCAUCCUUUCUUAUAGCAGAUAUCAAGGAACGAACAGCAGUUGUGAUUGAUCCACAACUAGAUAUUUCAAUAUAUGAAGCUGAUCUUUCUCUCUUUAAUCUUCGACUAAUUGGUGUUAUUCUCACACAUUGCUUUGUAGAUAUUUCAGUGGGACACAAUGCUCUGUUAAAAGCAUAUCCAGAUGCUGUACUCUUAAGUGGUACUCCAUGGACACAAGAAAAUGAAGAUUCUUUAAAUGAAUGGCCAACAUUAACUCUUAGUCCACGUUUACAUUUAAGAGCAAUUCCUCUUCCGUCUUUUUCACCAGAGUGUAUGAUAGUUGAAUUACAUUUGGAUUCUGUAUUAUUAGCACUCUUUACAGGUACUGUAAUAAGCGUAGAUGCUCUCCCGAGAAAUGAUUUCUUUAAUGAUUUUCCAGGAUUUUUGUCACCAAAUGGUUUAACUACAAAUGAUGCAGCAGCAGUAGCACAACGAUUUCUUAAACAACGUCUCUGGGAAAGAUAUUUUGAAGUUCCAGAGGAGAUUAGUAGUGGUAGACGACAGUCAUUAGAUCAUGUUAUUCUAUUUCCCUCUCAUGGUGGAUAUAAUAAUGUGACACAUCAGUUAGAUCUUUACUGGGCAGCUCAUCUGGGAGAUUUGAAAAGAAUGAAACAUUCCCGAACAGUAUUGGAUAAUAUAUUGGAUGUCAAUGCAUACAUUAAACAUGUAAAUGGGCGUCCAUCACUUCCUAAACCUGUACUCUUUUCACAUGUACGAAAAUGGAAUAUGCUUUCAUAUCCAUCUGCAUUCGGUGGAAGUGGAGCAAAGUUUCUUGCGUCUCAGUCAUUAGAUCCUAUGGAGUCUUUAACUGUCGAUAUAACUACUAAAUCUACUACUACUACUACUACUAAUGAUGAUGAUAGGAAUAAUAAUAAUAAUAAUAAUAUUAAGACUAGUAGCAGUAGUGGUAGUUCACCCAUUGUUUUGGAUAUUAGGGACACUUUAGAGCAUGAAAGGUUGCAUUUGAAGGGGUCUGUAAACGUUCCUAUGAAAUUUCCUGCUGAUGCUUAUGGUGUUAAAAAAGCAGAACUUUGGCUCCAAUGUAUUUUACUCCCUUUCCAGAGUGUUGUUGUGAUAUGUGCAAACAAACAAGAACUUCCACUUAUUCAGCAACGGUUAGCGUUAAUAUCUCCAGGUGCGAUUGUUGAAGCUUUUGUCGCAAAGGAACUUCAACCUUCCUCUGAAGUGGUACAAUCUGCUUGUAGUACAGAAAUUCAUUCACAUUACUGCAGUAUAGUGACAGAUCUUCCAUUGUCUAUUACAUCCCGUUAUUUACCACGGCAACUUGUAUGGGUUAUUGGUACCACAACAUCUGCCUUGUCACGAGUUGACAAGUAUCAAGAUCUUCAAUGCAUUGAACCUGUGGAGGGCACUGUGGUACUUGAUUGUCGCACAGCUUAUGAAUUUAAGAAUGGUUCACAUAAAUACAGUGUUCACAUUCCUUUGGCAGACUUAUGUCAGAUGACCGCGCUAGAUGGCUUAAAAAUACAAUCAAGCGAUCACAACAUAAAUAAAUGUGAAGUUCAAAGUGUUGAAUUCCAUGGACCCUCGCCUCAACUGGGUCAAGCAUUUUUGAGGCAGUUCUGCAGGCCGUCAUUGACGGCGGGUAUUAAAAGAAUUAUUGUCUACUGUGCUGCUGGAUAUCGUUCUCUCAUUGCGGCAUCACUUCUACGCCGGGCGUUUGAGGCGGCUGGUGUCUCCAUUGAAGUGCGUGAUGUCUCGGGAGGAGCCCUGCAGAUUAUGAAACAGCGACCAGAUCUGUGGGAGGUGAAGGAUCGUUCUAUUAUCUGUAUUAGCUGA